AUGAAGGAUGUUUUGCGCCCCGGAGAGGAAGAAGAGGAAUGGGAGGCAGAUGGAGAGGAAGUGGGGGCGGAUCAGAUGGGGGCGGAGGAAGUGGGGGAAGUGCAUGAGCAUGAUGCUGGGACUCAGAGCAAGCCCGAUCAGGCUACCGCAAUCAUUGCUGAGCUCGCAGCCGCACAUUGUCUCUCUUCUAUUCACGAUCCACUUCGAUGGCUUCAAGAUAUUGGGAAUUUUGUGCAAGUCCCAUCUGUGGACGAUGAAUCUUUGUUAUCACUGGUGGUGAGGUGUAGAGGAAUGAUGGGCAAGGACAUUCGUAUCAAUUUCAUGAUCAUGAUUAAUUUCAUGACACUUGUUUGCUUACACCUGAAAGGGAUUUAUGAGAAUGAAGUCAAAGACCGCCCUUCAGAGACGAAGAGUGUCCAUCGCAUCCAUGGUUGGAACCACGCACUUACAUCUAGCAGACAUGCUACGAUCACCUCCAAGGGCGCAUUCACACCACUCCGUAGAAGUGGACAUGUUUGGCGCGCUUGCAUUGCGCCUGUGCCAACUGAUCUUCAAAGGCUGCCUUUACACACUGUCAAUCACAAACAAGUGCUUCAAGCCUCUCGCGACAAGGUCCUGAACACUAGCUGGAGUGCGGCGGAGAGGUUACGAGCAGAGGCGGGUGAAAGGGUGAAAAGCCUGGAAGACUUACGCAACAAGCUCAAAACUUUCUAUCGCAAUGGCGUCAAGAAAUUGACCUGGUGCAUACUUACUAAUCUCAAUGCAGAUCAUGCCAAAGACUUGCUUGAGAUAUGGAUUCGCGCUUGCCUGGAGGUAGACCUUUCCAGGCUAUGCACCUCUCUUGUACAAUCGCCAUUGUACAUCGACGUUCAACCUUGGCUGCUAGAGAAGGAAGGAAUGCGCACAAACCAUGGUCAAGUUAUUCCCUACAUAUCCCAGGACUUACAACAGCACAGACUCGUAUACGGAACAAUCUCAAAGGUGUACGGGGAGUUAUUUGAGUGGGUAAGACAGUUGAUGGAGAAUUACCUACAAGAAGAGUUCGAAAUGCUGAUGGAGGUCGCCUCAGUUUUGCCUGGCAACGCUCUUCCCCCCGUUGUUCCUUUCAUUUCUCUAGUGAUCAACAUCAAUGUUCGCACCAAAGCUCAUAGAGACAGCGGUGAUCGUCAUCUAUGUUUGGUGAUACCUAUUGGACACUUUGAGGGGGGGGCCUUGUGCUUGUUGGAGAAUGGGCUAGUUCUGGAGUUGCGCAAUGGUGACAUAGCUAUCUUCAGAUCUAGCAAAGGCAAAAGACCGCCUUCCCCUACUUCCUCAGCUCCUCCUGCUAGUAAUAAAGGCAAGACAAAAGCAAGCAAAGUUAUAACUGAUGACCAGUAUGACGAAUUCCUGAAGUUUCAAGCUCAAAAAAGAAGGAAGCUGAACUCAAUCAUCGCAAAGAGCAUUGAAUUAGGUUUGAGGAAGAAUGUUGACGCCAUGCUAGAUGAAGAAGAGAGUAAUACUGAGCAUGAGAUUACGGAGCAUAACAAGAGGAAAAAAGUGAGCAAGAAGGCAAAACCUAUGGACACAGAUGAAGAAGUAGAAGACGAUGCCAAUCCUGAUGAUAUUUUGCCUCACUUGGACCCUAAGAAAAAGAAUACGCCCAUAGCCAGUGAAGAUUCAGAUCAUUCGCGUCACCCAGAGGCAGAUUCAGCAAUAGACAGACGUAGCUGGAGAGCACUAAUAGAAGUCAAGGAUGAGUCGCAAGAUGAAAUGGCUGUCAGGCGUCGCAGAAGGGGGGCCAAUAAAGGUGAAGUCAGACCACCUACUACCCUUGCAUCUUUAAAAAAAGAUGGAUGCGGACCUUUGGUGGAUCUUGCUCAUCAACUGCUGAGAGUAAAAAUUGCCCUGGAGAACGCCUUUCCUGGUCCUUCUGUAGAUGUCCAGGACGCCUUUGCCUGGAACUGUAUCAAGGAGGCUGGUAAAGAAUCAGGCUCCCCAAUGAAGGUUAUGUUUGAUCGCAUUAGUGAAGAUGAUACACUCAAAGGCAGGGCAUUGGCAUAUGUAUGGUCAGGUGCAUCUCAGUUAAGGGGGGAGUUGGCUAGGAAGGCUAGAGAGAAUGUGAUUUUCAUGUUGCAGCAUUUACGUCCCAAGGAAAUAGCCGACAUAGCUAAUUGGGUUAUAUCUACAAGAAAGGAGCCGUUCCUUAGUGGUGAGAUGGACAUUAAAGCCAAGACCUUCAACAAGAACCUUCCUUUCCGCACACACCUCAUCAAGCAACUUCUCAUGGGCCAAUUUUUUCAGGGCGCUGGUGCUGAAGGAUUGCUUUACAAGGAAGAAUUUCAAAAGCUUCCUGAUAAUCUUAUUGCGCUUUUGGCAGCUUCAAUAGAGUGUGCAUACAAAGGCAUGCUCACAGGUACACCAGUUGUAGUAGAGUUCAAGGAACCAGUGUUUCAACCAAGACAUCAGUACUACUUGUCUAAACUCACUGAGUAUAGCCUUAAGACUCCAGGCUAUAUGAAGAAAUUGAGAGAUGAUCUGUGGACUGAUAUUGGAGAGGCUUGUCGUUUCCAGCUUAGAGAAGAGGGAGGCGACAGUGAUGAAUCUGAUGUUGAUUUUGAUGCAAUGGAGGAGUAUGCUAGGCCAAUGUCUGGUGUAGCAAAUGUUGAUGAUGCUGUCGUCAACUGA